AUGCAAAUCCUUGAAGCCUGUCAGCAGAAAAAUCAAAUUGCAUGUGCGAAUCCCAAGGCUACUAGUAGUCAUGAUGUCAAUGCAACCUUUGCUUCUAUGGAUCAUGAAUGGAUGGCUCUUUGUGCUUGUAUGGGCAUAGAGGGUUUCUAUGUAGCAGUUCAAGGUUUUUUCACUCAGAAGGCUGAAAAGUUUGUGAAGGACAUCCUCAAUCUGGAGCCACAUCACCUAGGCUUGAAACUCGAGUCUUUUGUUGUGAGUGGCCUCGAUUCAAUUGCCCUCGAAAACAACAUCAAAAGUUCUAUCAAGAUGAAUUAUACUAACUACAAGCAAAACAUAGUUGAACACUGCAGCUUCGCACUCAUCAGCUGGCCAUUAGCUGGGCCAGUUCAAAGUCCCUCCAAGGUUGGUGGAAGAUCUGGGGUAGAAAAUUUGUUGAGGGCACUUCAUGAGGGAAGCUGUCACUGGGUGAAGUUAACUGAUCAAGAACUCUCAGCGUGA